AUGGACGAGACCGGGGUGAAGAUGAGCACAAUGUUGGACGACGGCGCGUCCACCGCCUCGAUACCCUCACCGACGCACUGGUACGACGACCCGCAACGAGCACUCGGGGCGGAGCUGGUUGAGAUUCUCACGAGGACGCCGUUCGUGCUGGUGCUCGCCUAUUACGUCGGCAAGGCGUUCGCCAAGGCCAGGCUCCCGCGCAUCAGCGGCUACCUCGUCACCGGUGUGGUAUGUGGCUCGCACGUCCUCGGCAUCCUGGGCCGCGGCGCCACGCGGAGGCUCGCGGGGCUCGAUAACCUCUGCCUCGCAGUCAUCGGCGUCGCCGCCGGUUCCGAGCUCCACCUCGCGGACCUGCGACGCUCGCCCAAGCCCACGCUGAUCAUGACCGCCGCCAUCACCGCGUUCUCCUGGGCGUUCGUCUUCGUCACGUUCUGCGUCGUCGCGCCGUCGUCCAACCUGGACUUCCUCGACGGGCUAUCCGUCGUGCACGUCGUCGCGGUUGGCUCGCUCGCGGCGACGCUUUCCGUCGCGAGGUCGCCGGCGUCCGCCAUCGCGGUGCUCAGGGAGAUGGAAGGCCGGGGACCGUUCUGCUCGCUCGUGAUGUCGGUGACGGUCGUGAAGGACGUGCUGGUGGUGGUGAUGUUCGCCGUGAACCUGGAGCUCGUCGCCGCGGCGCGGCUGGACUUUUCGGCCGUCGGGGGCGGAGCGGGCUCGGGGGAGGGGAGCGGGGCGGGGGGCGGGCUCGGGGGAGAAGAAGGGGGGGUUUCGUCGACGGCGGUCGCCGCGCUCGUCGCGUUCAUGCACCCCGUCUUCAGCGUCGCGACGUCCGUCGGGCUCGGGGUCGUCGCGGGGUUCGCGCUCGGUCAGUGUCUCAAACCCCCGCGGCUUCGAACGCUCGCGAACCGACCGGCGCUCGCGAGGGCGGUUCGAUGCGUCCAGACGCUGGCGCUGUCCGCGUCCAGCUUCUGGGCGGCCAAAGCGUUGGGUCUGGAGCCCUUACUGCUGUGCGUCGUCGCCGGGGCGCUCGCGGCGAACAGGCAGCACGUCACCGGCGAGGAGGAACGGGAGAGGCUCGACUCGGUGCUGAGGGCGUCGAUGCCGCUCGUCAACGUCGUCUUCUUCACGCUAGCCGGCGUCGGCGUGCACCUGACGUCCGUGUACAAGUCGUCCGUCGUCGCGACGCUCUUGGUGGGUGCCAGGCUGCUCGCGCUGUACCACGCGGCGAGGAUCGGAUGUGACGCCAUCGGGGCGCCGGAGAGUCACAAGAAUGUGGCGUGGAUGGGAUACGUGACCCAGGCCGGGGUGGCGUUGGGUUUGGUCAGGACCGCCGCCGCGAGGUUUCCGCAGUGGGGAGACGAGUUCGGCGCGCUGAUGGUGGCGACGAUCGUGAUGAACCAACUCGUGGGUCCGCCCAUGUUCCGAGCGGCCAUCGUGAGCGUCGGAGAGAGCGGCGUGGAUCCCGGGCCGACGCCCAACCGGGCGGCGACUUCGGAGCUCGAUAAAACGCUCGAGGUACCCGUCGCGUCGGAGGCUUGA